AAAUAAUAGAGGAGACUGACGAGAGAAGCUUCUUCUUCCUCCUCCAGAGAGACUCCGAAGCCCAAACCCAACCACCAGAAGAAGCGGCGGGCGCGCGAGAGGAGCCAGCCAGCCGCCGCCGCCGCCGCCGCCAUGUCGGCCGGGAUCGCUCGGGGCCGCCUCGCGGAGGAGCGCAAGGCCUGGCGGAAGAACCACCCCCACGGGUUCGUCGCGAAGCCGGAGACGACGGCCGACGGGUCGGCGAACCUCAUGGUUUGGCACUGCGCCAUCCCGGGCAAGCAGGGGACUGAUUGGGAAGGUGGGUACUACCCUGUUACCCUCCACUUCAGUGAGGACUAUCCUAGCAAACCUCCCAAGUGCAAGUUUCCACAGGGCUUUUUCCACCCAAAUGUCUAUCCUUCAGGAACAGUGUGCCUCUCAAUUCUUAAUGAGGACAACGGCUGGAGACCUGCUAUCACUGUAAAGCAGAUCCUUGUUGGUAUACAGGACUUACUUGAUCAGCCAAAUCCUGCCGAUCCUGCGCAGACUGACGGUUAUCACAUUUUUAUUCAGGACAAACCUGAAUAUAAGAGGCGUGUUCGUAUGCAGGCCAAGCAGUACCCUGCUUUGCUUUGAGGGCGUUGGCCUACUAAGUUACUAGCUUGUCAUCCUGCACAUCCGCAUAGUAGAUUGCAAAGUCAAAAUAUGUGAUUUUAUGGGAAAUAGCCUAAAAUGGAAUGUUUAAAGAACUGUCCAAUGUCAUUGUGGUCCUUUUGUGCUAUGUGAUCUGGCAUUGGCUGAACAGAAAUAGCUUUAUCAACUGUUGAAACCGCUUGAGUGAUGGAUGUUUGGAUAAGAAUUGUACCAAAUACGUGGCCGUGCCAGUUAUAUCUUGAAGAGAAAUUACUUUGUGCGUGUUACUGGGGAAA